AUCCAAUAUUUCAAAAGCCUAUAUUUACGUAUUACAUUUGUAGGAAAUAAUAUAGAGAAGAAAUGGAGAAAUGUUCGAGAUGCAUUUAUUAGAAGUUUAAAGGAAGAUAAGCCAAAAUCAGGCGAUGGCGCCAGGAAAAAAUCCAAAAAAACAUACUUAUAUCAUGAUGAAUUAAGAUUCCUCAUUAAAACAAUAACCCCACGAAAGACUUCAAGCUCUAUUAAUUUAAAUAAUACUGCAUAUGACAAUAUUGAGAAUGAUACUAUAAAUGACAAUGAUAUUGCGAAUAAUACUAUAAAUGAUAAUAUUGAACAUAACUUACAAACAUCCGAAAUAGUGACAGAACAAUGUUCAACUUCAAACAACUCUGGACUAAACAAAAAAAAACAGAGCAAACAAAAGGAAUCAAUUGUCGAAAAGAAGUUUUUAGAAUAUUUAGAAGUACAAACACAGAAAGAGAUUAAUGAUUAUAAACAAGAUCAGCAUCAAGAAUUUUUUAACUCCUUGUUACCGAUAGUUAGAAAAUUUAACGACGACUAGACACUACUUUUCAGAUCAGAGGUGAUCAAAAUUGCACAAACUAUAAAGAGAGGCCAAUCUUCUAGUUUACCGGAGACAAUAAAACCAAAUGUAUCAUCCACAUCUUUUCAGCAUCACCCAUACUUCCAUCAACUUCCAUUUAGUCCGUAUAGAAUGUACAACCCGAACAAUCAGCAAUAUAUACAUCCACAACAAACAUCAUCACAGUAUGCAAAUACUCAAUACGACAUAUUACCUGCAAGGAAUACCAGUCUUUAUGUCCAAUCUCAAAAUGUUCAAAAUGUUCAUAGUCUACAACCCCCAGUUCAAACUUAUGCUUCGUCUCAACAUAUUAAUGUCGUUUCCCCAGAAUCUCCACACCAAUCAAAUGCCAGUUCUCCUUCUCCAUAUUCUACAUCAACACUUUCACAUCACUCGGAUAUUGUGCCAGGGAGGGAUGUGAUAUAUUCUGAUUCUGAUAUAAUGGAUGAGUUUUUAAUAACAAAAUAAAUUAUUACUAAUUAAACAAAUAAAUUAGUAACUAGUAUCUGGUAA